AUGGACACCAACCUACAGUCCUACAUUCUCAGCGAGGAAGAAUCCCAAGCCAUCUUCGAGCGAGAAAUUCUCCCAACCGAGCUCAGCUUCCUCCUCUCAUCUCCUAACCCCAACCCCAGGACCCCCCUCGCCAUCCUCCUCAUCGGCCAAACCGGCGCAGGAAAAUCCCACGCAAGCCCACUGAUCAAGGCCGUCCUAUCCGCCCUCCGCCACCGGCCCACAACCGCAAUCGCCCACUUCAUCGCCGACACCUACAAAGCCUACCACCCCUCCUACCACUCCCUCCUCCACUCCCACUCCCACUCCCAUUCCCCUUCCCACCAAACCCCCUCCACCUCCCCAUCCCUCGCCUCCCCAGCAACCAGCCCCGACGCCCGCCGCUGGCUCCUCAAAGCCGCAUCCGCCGCCUCCUCCCACGGCGUCGACGUGCUCCUCGAGAGCGCGGCGCGGCACCCGGCCGACUUCGCGGACCUGGCGCGGCUGUUCAGGGGCGCCGGGUACCGCGUCGAGGUUGGGGUGUUGGCGGUGCCGGCGGGGGUUAGCCGGGUGGGGAUUUUGGAGAGGUUUUAUUGUAUGGAUAGGGAUAGGGAUGGGGGUGGUGAUGGUGAUGGGAGUGGGAGUGGGAGUGGGAGUGGGAGUGGGAGUGGUGGAAGUGGUGGGAGUGGUAAUAGAGGCAGGGAACUACCAAACCGCCUGACGCCCCGAACCGUGCACGACGAGUCGUACGCGGGCUUACUAGAAGCCGCGGCGUUCAUAGACGCGGGGGAUGAUGCGGUGGACCAGGUGGUGGUGAUGCGGCGGCACAACAUGGUCGCGUAUGCGAACGAGCGCGCGAGUGGUGGUAGUGGUGGUGGUGAUUGGAAGAAACAGCCGCCCGGUGUUGCUGCAGCAUUGCGCGCGGAGAGGGAGCGGCCGUUACCACCUGUUGAGAAAGCGAGCGUGGAGGCAAGUCUACGGAGGCUGAGGGGGGCGGACGUGCAUGGUCUCGAGGGCCAGCUGGCGGAAAUUGAGGAGUUGUUGAAACCGCUCAUGUUCGGCGAUUCAGAUAGCCCGGCUUAUACGCCGUUGAGACCACUUUCACUGCCUCGUUCAGAACACGAUGAGGGGUUCGAUAGUGAAGCAGGUCUAAGGCUAGGAAUGACGCUGUGAGAAUGAAGGCAUCUAUCUAGAGGCACCUAGGCUAGAUGAUUCACAAUGUGUGCCAUGCAUAGCGGGGAGUUUUAGGUUUGAUUAUAAUUCAAGACUUUGUUGUGAAUUGUCGGUGGAGCAGAAUAGGGGCUUCCAUACAUUCAUUAUA